AUGGAUGACAGAGAAAAAGAGCAGCAAAUCAAGCGAUUCAUCAGUAUUGAGAAAGAAUAUACUGAGGCAAACUAUCUUGCUGAGCAAAGGAACUUAAAUAAAGAGAUAAUUAAUCAAAGUUACGAUGAAGAAUUUCAUAAUAUCUUUGCAGACUAUGAGUUCAUGAUGACAGAGAUUAUAAAUGGUCUAAAUUAUGAACGGCAAAUGAUUGAGUCCAGUAUUAAAAGCGAAUAUGAACAAGAAUUAAAGAAAAUUUAUAAACUCAAGCCUUUAAAUAACCCAUUUUCAUCUCAUGAAUAUCAAAAGUUUAGCAAAUCAUUCAAUAAUGAUUUGAUGGCAUUACUACAGACAAUAGAAGAUAUAAAUUUCAAUUUAACACAAAAAAUUCGAACAUUUUCACCGUCAACACCAGCUCAAUACAUUGAUGUCAGAAAGCAAGUUGAAAAUGAAUGGUAUGUAUCCCAAAUUAAGCAAAUAAAUACGGAUUUAUCUCAAAAAAUUGAUAAAUUGGAAAAUGAUUGGUAUCAAACUCAAAGAAGGCUCGAAGAAGAGAAUGAAAAGGCUGUUUUAGAACUCCAGAGAAGUAAUUAUACUGAUUUUAGUCAAGUAAUGUCAAAUUUUGAAAAUAUAAGGACAGAAUUCUACGGAAAGUUCUAUGAAUUCCAAGAGAUUGUUGAAAAUCUAACGAAAAGUGUUCAGUCUGUUAUGAAUUCAUACAAAGAAACUCAAAAGGAAUGGAAAGAAAAGUUAAAAGAAGUUCAGAAUUCAUUAAUUGAAGCAGAGAACUUCGAAAAACAAAGAGUUAACAAGAAAAAGAUAGAAUACGAUAAUGUUUUAGCUCAAUUAAAGCAAGAUGAAAAAACUUUGAUGCAAACAUUUGAAGUAAAGAAAGAAACAAAUAAAAUCAUUCUUGAUCGUUUAAGGGAUAAAAUAAAAGCAGAAAUUGAAGAACUAAAUCUUCAAUUUCAAAAUUUAAUUCCAAAAGAUAUUUCUCAACAAAUAAUUGAAGAACCGAAUCGCUUGCAGAAGCAAUGUAAUGAAGAAAUGGAAAACGAAAUUGCACGUCUUGAGAAUGAAAAGAAAAACAGAAUUUAUUUUCUUGAAUUAUCAAAUGAAAAAAUGACCAGAAUGAACGAAAUCUUUGAUCAGGAAGAGGACAAUAUCAUGAAAGAGUUUUCUAAUCUAAGACUGGCCAAUUCUAAUGAAACAGAACAGUCAAAACAUGAUUUUGAACAAAUUUUCAACUCAAAAACAAAAAAUAACAAAGAUGAAGUAGAAAUUUAUCAGCAAAACCUCAAAAUAUAUCUUGACUUGAUAGAAAAGAAGGAAAUGAUGAAGUCUAAGUCUGUUCCUUCUGAUGAUUUCGUUGAAAAAAUAUUAUUAAAACUGACUGAAGAAGAGAAGAACGCAAUUAAACUUUUUGAUAAUGAAUAUCAAUCGAGAACUGUUCAGCAAAAGAAUUUGCUUCAAGAAACUCAAAAUAAUUUGAAUUCAAAAUUAAUUGAAUACAAAAAUGAAUUGGAAAUGAAGAAUAAGCUUAAACUAGAUGAAGAAAAGAAUUCUUUCCAAGUAGAGAUCCUCCAAGAAAAGCAGAAAUAUCAACAAAUUUUUAAUGACCUUCAAACCGAAUUAAGAUCAAUCCAAAUAUCUCCAGUUAAUGUUCAAGGUAAUGAAGAUGAAGUGAACGAGAUUUCUAGUCAAAUUGAGCAGUUUAAGUCAAAUAUAAAAUUAGAUAAAGAUCAAAUCACAGAAGAUUGGGAGAAGAUGAUAUUUGAUGAAGGAAUGCGAAGCAAACUAUCUAUUGAUUCCAUUAAAGGACAAAUUAUGGCUAUGGAUACGAAUUUAAUGAGAAUGAAGUUAGAUAACUCAAAAAUACUAGAAAAUCUCGAUACUAAGAUCAACAGCUUAGAAGAUAAGCUAAAUUCGCUUAAAUUGUCAUCACCAACUUCUCAAAUUCAAGAAUUUAAUCCAAAAGAAGAAUUUGCAAAAGCAAAGUUAGAAAAUGAGAGAAUAAUUAAGAAUGCGAUUGAUGAUAAAGAUAUAUCCAUUGGUAAAAUGCAAAAAGACAUUUCAAAUUUGAAUUAUCAAUUUAGUCAAAGAUCAGAAGAUAUUUUAUUGGAGCAAACCAAGGAAUUAAAUAACUACAUGCUUUCUGUACAGAAACUCCAAGCAGAACAUCGCUCUAAGAUCGAAAAAAUUAAUAAUGAGAUGGAAGUUUAUAAAAAUGAAAGAAAUGGAUCUAAAAACGAUGAAUUGCAAUCUCUUAAAGAUAAGAUACUUCAGAAGAAGCACAAUAUCAUCAAUUUAACACAUACAAAAGUUAAUAAUCAAGAUUAUUCUCAAAAAUUAGCUGAAAUUGAAAAAAGAUAUAAAGAUGAAGUUAACAUAAUGAGAAGCCAAGCCGAAACAAAGAAACACCUCUUACAAUGUGAGACAGAUAUUGCAGAAAAAGAUUUGAACGCUGCUAAGAUGAAAUUUGAAUCCAGAGAGUCAAGACAAGAGGAUAUUUCACUUAUUGAUAAACUUAAUACCACUCUCAACCAAGUAACACAGAAUUUAAUGACUUUGAUGAAAGAUCACCAGGAAUUUAAAACGAAAAUCGUUAUUCAAGAGAAUGAAUAUAAUGCAAGAUUUGGCGCUUUGCCUUCAGUUCCUGUCGGCAAGUCUCCAAGAAUUCGUGGAAGUUUAACUUCAAAUUCUUCCCUAAAAAUAUUACCAAAGUUAUAG